CCCGCUCCUACCGGCCCCUGCCUUGGGACUUACCUCACGCCUCCGCCACACCUCAGGACGAUAACGUGGAGACACAGACCGCCACCAUGCCCGACUCGCCGGCCGACGUGAAGACACAGUCCAGGUCCACGCCGCCCAGCAUGCCUCCGCCGCCGCCGGCCGUCACGCAGGGAGCCACGCGCCUCCCCUCCUUCACACCAAACACCAAUCGAGACGCUGGCCCUCCGACGUUUCUGCCUCGCGGCCGUUUUCAUGGUUGCUUGAAAUGGUCGAUGGUCUGUCUUUUGAUGAACGGGAGCAGCCACUCGCCGACCGCCAUCAAUGGGGCUCCGUCCACCCCAAACGGGUUCAGCAACGGGCCGGCCACCUCCUCCACCGCCUCCCUCUCCACCCACCAGCUCCCGCCGGCCUGCGGCGCCCGCCAGCUCUCCAAGCUCAAGCGGUUCCUCACCACGCUGCAGCAGUUCGGCAAUGACAUCUCCCCCGAGAUCGGGGAGCGGGUGCGAACCCUCGUCCUGGGGCUCGUGAACUCCACGCUCACCAUCGAGGAGUUUCAUGCCAAGCUCCAGGAGGCCACCAACUUCCCGCUGCGACCCUUCGUCAUCCCCUUCCUCAAGGCCAACCUGCCGCUGCUGCAGCGGGAGCUGCUGCACUGCGCCCGCAUGGCCAAGCAGACGCCGGCCCAGUACCUGGCGCAGCACGAGCAGCUGCUGCUGGACGCCAACGCGUCUUCUCCCAUCGACUCCUCCGAGCUGCUCCUGGAGGUGGGCGAGAGCGGCAAGAGGAGGACGCCAGACAGGACCAAAGAGAACGGUUUGGACCGAGACCCUCUGCACCCCGAGCACCUCAGCAAGCGGCCGUGCACCAUGAGCCCGGCGCAGCGCUACAGCCCCAGCAACGGGCUGAAUCACCCCCCCAACGGGCUGGGACACCCCCCCCCCGCCGCUCCCCCUCUCCCCCAGCACUACCGCCUGGAGGACAUGGCCAUGGCGCACCAUUACCGCGACGCCUACCGUCACCCCGACCCCCGGGACCUCCGCGAGCGCCAGCGACCCGCCGCGGUGCACGGGACGCGGCAGGAGGAGGUGAUCGACCACCGGCUCACCGACCGGGAAUGGGCGGAGGAGUGGAAACACCUCAACAACCUGCUGAACUGCAUCAUGGACAUGGUGGAGAAGACGCGCCGGUCGCUGACGGUGCUGCGGCGGGGCCAGGAGGCCGACCGCGAGGAGCUCAACCACUGGAUCCGGCGCUACAGCGAUGCCGAAGACAUGAAGAAAGGCAGCCCCCCCUCCGCCCGCCCCCACAACAGCUCCUCCGCCUCGGAGGCACCCCAGUUAGACGCUCACCGGGAGUUCGCGCCGCGGCCCCUCUCCGGGUACAUGCCGGAGGAGAUCUGGAGGAAGGCUGAAGAAGCUGUGAACGAGGUAAAGCGUCAGGCCAUGUCCGAGCUGCAGAAGGCCGUGUCGGAUGCCGAGCGGAAAGCCCACGAGCUGAUCACGACGGAGCGAGCCAAGAUGGAGCGAGCCCUGGCCGAGGCCAAGCGCCAGGCUUCGGAGGACGCCCUGACCGUCAUCAAUCAGCAGGAGGACUCGAGCGAGAGCUGCUGGAACUGCGGACGCAAAGCGAGCGAGACCUGCAGCGGCUGCAACACCGCUCGCUACUGCGGCUCCUUCUGCCAACACAAGGAUUGGGAGAAGCAUCACCACGUCUGCGGGCAGACUCUGCAAGGGCUGCCGGCCCCCGCCGCCCCCGCCGCCGGUGUGGGGCUGCCGCCGGGUCCGGGCCAGCCCGACGGGGUGGCCACCAUCGCCAGCAGCCCCAGCGAGACGGUGUACUGUAUGUUUGACCUGUGA